AUGACUCGGUCUUGUUUCGACGAAACCCUUCUGUCCGACGCCUCGGCAAAUCUCCCACCUCCCGCAGACCUACAAGACACCCCAUUAGAGGGUUGUACGUUGUCACCGAAAGAUAAUACAACAGAUGACAAGCGGGUACCAUUUCCUAUUGCUAUUGUUGGCAUGGCAAUGAGGCUCCCUGGCGGAGUUCAUUGUGAGAAAGAAUUUUGGGAUUUUUUGGUAAAUCGUCGGGACGGCCAUUGUAAGGUUCCCCAGGAUCGAUAUAAUAUCGACGCUUUCUACAAAGAUCCCACGUCUGGUCACGUACCAGGGACAAUUCGAACUAAGUAUGGCUACUUCCUUCAGCAAGAUAUAUCGCACGUCGAUGCUGGUUUCUUUGGAAUAAGCAAGGUCGAGGCUGCCAAGCUUGAUCCACAGCAGAGGAUGUUGCUAGAAAUCGUAUGGGAGUGUAUGGAAAAUGGGGGCCAAACAAAAUGGCGUGGAAGCAAUAUUGGCUGCUACGUCGGAGUCUUCGGUGAGGAUUGGUUAGAUCUUCUUAGUAAAGAUCCCCAGGACAACGACCGAUACAGAGUUGUGAGUGCCGGUGACUUCGCUAUCUCGAACCGGAUUUCAUAUCAGUAUGACCUGCGUGGUCCAAUAACUACGUCAAUGUCCGAUAAUAUGGUGAUCUCUACAAGCGGUAUCUGCAGAACGUUUGACGCAGCAGCUGAUGGCUAUGGUAGAGGAGAAGCGGUAAAUGCAAUCUUUAUUAAGCCGCUGGAGACGGCCCUGAAAGAUGGUGAUCCUGUACGUGCUGUGAUUCGCUCCACAGCAGUCAACUGUGAUGGCAAAACACCCAGCAUAACGACGCCUGGCUCGCAGGCGCAAGAGAGGUUAAAGCAAACGUUGGCCAUUCUGAAGGUGCUUCAGGAAUCACAAGUGUCAUCAAAUGUGUUCUGGCCCUCGAGAAUCGAACCAUUCCACCUAAUGUAUACUUUGAAAAUCCAAACCCGAACAGGAGCAAAGUUGAAGGUCCCUGUGAAAGCCACAGCCUGGCCUGGUGAUCGAUUCGAAAGGAUCAGCGUCAAUUCGUUUGGGAUUGGCGGCACCAAUGCACAUCUCAUCCUGGACUCUGCUUCCUCUAUGUGUAGGAAAGUGUCUUCCAGCGGUCCACACACCAGCAAAGGUCCUACUCUAUUGCUUUUGUCUGGUAAAACAUCAAAAUCAUUGGACGGCAAUAUCAAAUCGACGACUAAAUAUCUUGAAGACAGCGUGGCUGCCUGGAGUGACGUUGCAUAUACUCUGGCCCACCGGCGAGAACACAUGGAUCACAGGGCAUUUGCGAUUGUUGAAGAAGGCAAGGCAAUCCCGUCGUUUGAAAAAGGCCAUCGGGGUUCCCUACAAACUUGCUUUGUGUUUACAGGUCAGGGAGCACAAUGGCCAGGAAUGGGCAAAGAAUUAAUAUCGCAAUCCAAGAAGUUCCGUGAAACUAUCCGAUCAUUGGAUAGAGUGCUGCAAAGACUUGAGGACACCCCUAAGUGGAGUAUGGAAGACGAGCUUUUGAGCCCGAGUGAUGGUGAUAAAUUUAAAGAGGCUAUGUAUGCCCAGCCUCUCUGUACUGCUAUCCAGAUUGGGCUUGUGAACCUCCUUCGCGAUUGGAACAUUGAGCCUUCAGUUGUAGUGGGGCACUCCAGCGGAGAGAUUGCUGCUGCCUAUGCCUCAGGAGCAAUUCCUGCUGAAGUCGCUAUUACUGUAGCUUAUCUUCGUGGGCACAGUAUGAAAUAUGCGAAGACCAAUGGCGCCAUGGCAGCCAUCGGUCUGGCACCAGAACAGAUGAAACCGUAUCUGAAAGAUGGGGUGGUGAUAGCGUGUGAAAACAGCCCCCAAAAUGUGACUGUCUCCGGAGAUAGGCAGGUACUAGAAGAGAUUCUCUUGGAUGUCCAGGUAGAGGGAGAUAUCUUGUGCCGCCGCCUUCCAGUCAAUGUGGCAUACCAUUCGCACCAUAUGAAGGAGCUUGGAGAGAUAUUUGAAAACAGUAUCCUACACUAUAUGUCCCAGAACCAGUCAAUGGUGCCGCUAUUCUCAACAACCACUGGUGAUGUGAUUUCUGACUGUAGUCGCUUUGAUGCAACGUACUGGCGGCAGAACCUUGAGUCUCCAGUGCUCUUUAGUGCAGCCAUUCGAAAGAUAUUAAAUUAUGAGAAGCAACCCAAAGUGUUUGUGGAGAUAGGUUCACAUUCAGCACUCUCAGGUCCGCUGCGGCAGAUACUUUCCCAGUCAAACGAGAAGCAGAGACCAUUAUAUAUCCCUACUUUAGAAAGGAAUAAAGAUUGUUGGGAAUGCAUGUUAACCACAGCUGGUCGGCUUCAUGUUCAUGGCCUCCGGUUAGAUUUAUCGGGUAUCAUCGCCCCUGGAAAAGUUUUGACCGACAUACCUCCAUAUUGCUGGGAGCAUAAUGAGAGGCUUUGGAGUGAGACACGGUUAACACAUGAUUGGAGAUUGCGAAAAGAUUCCUUCCAUGAGCUGCUAGGCUGUCGAACACUAGAAUCAAGCGACAAUGAGCCAACAUGGAGGAACCUCUUACAGCUUGAUAAUGCACUGUGGCUAAUGGAUCAUAAACUUAGCGGCGAAAUAGUCUUCCCCUGUGCCGGGUAUGUUGCAAUGGUCGGUGAGGCGAUGCGCCAAAUAUCAGGUUCCGAUGACUAUUCUGUGAGAAAUCUCUAUAUACGGGUAGCAUUGGUGUUGGGCCAAACGGAAGCCACAGGCCUGGAGAUUAUCACUAGUCUCAGGCCUGCAAGGCUCGCGGACAAUAUUGACUCCCUUUGGUAUGAUUUUACUAUAAGUGCAUAUCAAAAGGGCAUAUGGCAAAAACACUGCAUUGGGCAAAUCCGUGCUGGGCCGGACACUGUUCAUGAACCGCCCCCAAUCCUACCCUACUCUCGUCAGGUGUCAUCAGACAAAUGGUACAGAGCGUUAGAGGUUCGUGGACUCGAAUAUGGUCCUAGAUUCCGUGGCCUUCAGUCCAUUACAACUAGCCCAUCAAGUCCUCGAGCAGCUGCGAAUGUAUAUCAUAACUCUGAAGAGUAUGAUAUAAAUCAAUAUGCUCUUCAUCCAAUUCUUAUUGAUCAAUGCCUGCAACUUCUAAGCGUGGCGGCUACCCGGGGCAUCAGUUAUCGGAUGAACAAGUUAUGCAUACCAGUCGCAAUUGGAAGUCUAUAUAUCGCAAGAGGCGAGGGGUUAAUGUCUUUAGACGUCUCAUGUGAUACAGUGAGCGGCACUUUCAACGGGAAUGCAUCACUAGUUGCCGAUGGCCAGGCAGUUCUCUCCAUGCAGCGGGGCGUCUUUUUUGGAAUAACAGAUUCUUCGCUCAACGACAGUACGGGACCUUUGGUGUCAACACUCCACUGGAAGCCACAUGUUGAUUACGCUCCCCUGGAGCAUCUGUUUCCUGUAAUCCCAAGUGGUAUUUACCCUGGAAAAGUGUUGGCUAAAAUGACAAGCCUGAUGAUAGUGGAAACGUAUCAUCAAACAAAGUCAUCAAAGCCAAAGAAGGAGCAUUUGAAAAAAUACCAUAAUUGGAUAGGUACGCAAUACCGGAGGAUUUGUGCAGGCGGACACGAUAUUGUUCCAGAAAUGAGGGACACGUCUGCCCUAGACCCGGCAAGCCGGUGGCCUCAAAUCCAUGAACUAAUGAAGGAGGAAUCUAACGCUUCCAUCCUGCAGUGCUAUCGACUUGCGGAAAGAGUCCUGCGCAGGAUACAUGAUCUUUUCGAUGAUAAGGUCGAUGGCCUGGAGCUUCUCAUGGAGAACGACGGUCUCCAGAAUAUGUAUGGCCAUAUGUCGACCGUUACUAACUGGGACACUUUUCUUUCUUUGCUCAGCCACACAAAUCCCACCCUUCGCAUAUUAGAAAUUGGUGGCGGUACGGGUGGUGCCACUUCGGCAUGUCUUAAGGGGCUUGCAUCUACAUCGGGUCACAGCGGGAGGAUGUAUUCGAAAUAUACAUUUACCGAUAUUUCAGCGGGAUUCGUGACACAAGCCAAGGAAAAAUUUAAGGAAUUCUCUGGGGUCGAAUUCUUAAUUCUCGAUAUAUCUCGGGACAUUACGGAGCAGGGCUUUGAGAUGGAGAGCUAUGAUUUGAUUGUUGCUUCCAAUGUCAUUCACACAACUCCGAAAAUCUCCGAGUCGCUUGACAAUAUUAAGAAACUUUUGGUCCCUGGAGGGUGGCUUCUACUGCAAGAGGUCUGUCCUUCAAUACCUGUCAUCGACUAUAUUGCGGGCGUUCUGCCUAGCUGGUGGCCUGCAGAGGAUUCCCGAGAAACUCCUUAUCUGUCGCCUGAGGAAUGGCACCAAGAGCUAGUGAAUGCCGGGUUCACUGGUGCUGAGGUCGUGCGCUACGACAAUGAUAUACCAUACCACAUGAAUGCCAACAUUGUGUCCAGAAUUCGGGCCCGAACCACUGUUCGUGGACAUGUAAAUAUACUACAUAGCGGCACCGUCACUGACUGGGCUCGCAGCCUUGAACAUCUGUUGCUAUCCAAAGGAUUUAGCAUCAAAUGGCUGAAUUUGCAUGAGAGGCCUCCCCUGGUCACAAACGUAAUUUCGUUACUCGAUUUGGAGGGUCCGUUCUUCCAUGAAAUUUCCAACGCCGACUUUUACGCCUUUCAAAGAUUCACUCAGAAUAUUCAAGGUUGUUUUCUGUGGCUUACGAGACCUAUUCAACUAGCUGAUAAAGACCCGGACCCUCGAUUUGCGCUGGCCCUUGGAAUGAUGCGAACUCUGAGGCAAGAAAUAGUGCGAAACACUGCCACACUGGAAGUUGACCGACUUGACGGACUCACGGCGGAAGCUGUCAUACACAUCUACAUGAAAAUGAAAGAUCAGGAAGAUGGCGAGAGUUCAGCACACCCUGAAUAUGAGUUUAUCCUGAAGGAGGGGGCUAUACAUGUCGGCCGAUUUCAGUGGAACUCCCUCGGCGAUGUUACAACUACAUUAAAUGAGCCCAAGCCAAGAGCUUUAGACGUUGGAUGCCCUGGAUUACUUGACUCCCUGACGUGGACUUUGGCAGGGAGAGCGCCAACUUUGGAAGAUGCUGACAUCGAAGUUGAUAUUAAAUUUGUGGGCUUGAAUUUCAAAGAUAUCAUGGUUUCCAUGGGGCUAGUGGGAGACACUGGCGAGCAAGGGUUGGAGGCCAGCGGGAUUGUUCGCAACGUGGGACCAGGAGUUACGAAUAUCCAGAUCGGAGACCGUAUUUCAAUUGCUCGGAAAGGUCUGAUGCGGACUCGCAUAAUACUGCCUGCCCGCUGCUGUGUUGUUGUGCCUGAUAAUCUAUCACUCGAAGAUGCUGCAGCCGGGCCUUGCGUCUUUAUGACAGCGAUGUAUUCGCUGAUACAUUGUGGCAACCUACAAAAGGGGCAGUCGGUCUUGAUCCACAGCGCGUGUGGUGGCGUGGGAUUAGCUGCGAUUCAGAUUUGCCAGCUGAUUGGGACAGAAAUCUUUGUAACAGUGGGAAACAAGGAGAAAGCAACUCAUCUCAUGGAAAACUUCAGUAUUGCAGAAGACCAUAUUUUCGACUCAAGAAGCACGUCAUUCCUCCAAGAUAUACUCAAGAAGACAAAGAACAUUGGUGUUGACCUAGUGUUGAACUCUUUAUCGGGCGAGUUAUUACAUGCUUCAUGGAAAUGCGUUGCGCCCUUUGGAAAGAUGAUUGAACUUGGAAAACGAGACUUUAUAGGUCAUGGCAAGCUGGAUAUGGAUCUUUUUCAGGAUAAUAGGUCUUUUAUUGGUGUUGACCUUCUUGAGAUUGGCUACAAACGACCUCAACUUCUUCAGAGGUUGAUGAAACAGUUCCUUGAAUAUUUUCGCGACGGCAAAAUUGGCUCUAUACGGCCUGUGAGUGUCUAUGAGGCAUCGAAUAUUUCCAAGGCAUUUAGGUACAUGCAAACUGGACAACACAUUGGAAAAAUUUUGAUACGUAUGCCAGAUGACCCUUCCACUAUUCCAGUAUCUAGGUUGGAGGAGAAAGGUGCUCUUUUCCGUCAUGACGCGUCUUAUCUCUUGAUUGGUGGUUUCGGGGGUCUUGGACGCACUGUUGCAACUUGGAUGGUGGAAAAGGGUGCUCGUCAUUUUAUCAUCAUGUCGCGUUCUGGUCAGGAAGCGCCCCAGAACCGAGCCUUCGUUGAAGAUUUGGAAAGCCAGGAAGAUGUCCAUGUCAUCAGCAUAAGCGGUACCGCUUCUCGCAUUGAGGACGUUAGAAAAGCAGUUGCCGCAGCCAGAAAACCUAUCGCAGGUGUCAUUCAAAUGUCCAUGGUAUUGCAGGACCAACGUUUUGACACGAUGACUUUCGAGGAAUGGACAACCGUUCUUGCUCCGAAAGUGCAGGGCACGUGGAAUUUGCACCACGCCGUUAAAGGCAUAUCACUAGACUUCUUUGUCCUCUUCAGUUCCCUUACUGGUAUAUGCGGCUUCCCUGGGCAGGCAAACUACGCUGCAGCCAAUUCGUUUUUGGACUCAUUUGUGAAGUACCGCAACUCGAACGGCCUGCCAGCGAGUGUACUUGACAUUGGCUUCAUGGGAGACAUCGGCUAUAUACCUCAACAUGCUCCGAAGACACUAGAGUAUGCCAGUUCAGCCUCGUGGAGGAUCCUAGAAGAGAGGGAUCUCCUCCGCGCUGUUGAACUCGCGAUUCUUCAAGGUCCACAUCAGCUUGCCAUCGGCCUUGGGACCACGAAGCCGCUCUCCGAGACGAGAGCUGAACCCCCAUGGGGAGCCGACGCUCGUUUUGCUGUAUGGCACAAUGUGUUAACAACGACAGGAGAAGACCCUGUAACUGAGGACGAGGCUCUCAGGGUACUGGUGUCGUCUAUUGAGCGAGAUCCGUCUCUCCUAUAUGAAAACGCAACCGAGGACAAAAUCACCUACGAACUUGGCCGAAUGAUUGCUUCUCACAUGUCAUACUCCGAAGACUUGGAGUUUAAUGAACUUGCGGAGCUGAAGAUUGACUCUCUAAUGGCCAUUGAGAUUCGCAGUUGGUUCCGUCGGCGCACUAAGAUCGAGAUAUCCCUCGCUGAGAUAUCUAAUGCCGGCACUGUAAGGGGCUUGAGCAAGGCUACGAUGAAAAUGUUUCGCGAGAAACACCGUUCUGGCGAACUAAAAGGAAAGAAGGGUUUACUCUCUAAUGAAUCCCAGAACCCCGGGUCUCAGGAGCUCGAUGAAAUGGAGCUCUGGUUGCAGGACAAAAACUUAGCAACGAACCUAAAGCCGAUCUUGGGCCAAGUACCGGAUUGGUGUUCCCCUUCCGAAGGCAGAGUGUUUCUCACUGGCUCAACAGGGUACUUAGGGAGCUUUUUCCUGGCUCUUCUUGCAGGUCUUCCACAAGUAAAGGAGGUAGCAUGUUUGGUUAGGGCGCCUGAUGUCUCCACUGGGAUGUCUCGGAUUAGGGAAUCCUUGUCUAAGUAUGGUUUACCAUCAGACUUCGAGUCUAAGAUUGUAGCUGUACCUGGAGACAUCAGGAAUCCCACACUUGGCCUCAGGCAAGAACAAUAUGAGCAACUUGCGCAGCGGUCGAGCGUUAUCUUCCAUUUAGCGGCCUUUUCGAACUAUACCCUCCCUUAUUCUGCGCACCGAGAUAUCAACGUGUGUGGUGUUCUUCAUAUGGUUUAUUUUGCUAACAGCAUGCGUCUGAAACAGCUGCACUAUUCAUCAAGUAUUUCAGCGUGCGGCGCGGUAGGUUAUUUUUCAGGCGAAAUCAUCGCUGAGGACCAGGAGCCAGCGUUUGAUAUCGGGUAUGUGAAACAGCAUAUCGGAUACACUCAAAGCAAAGUCAUUGCUGAAAGCGUCGCUUGGAACGCCAUCUCCAAUGGGCUACCGGUUACAAUCCAUCGGCCCGGCUUCGUAAGCGGGCACAGCGUGACGGGUUCUUGUAAGCCCGAUGACUUCCUUACGCGUCUGAUGAGCAAUUGUAUCCGCCUCCGCUGCUAUCCAGUAGCGCCUUCAGUGAGAAACCAAUGUAUUCCAGUGGACUUCGUGUGUUCAGCCAUGCUACGCAUAUCUCUCUCCAGUGACAAUAUCGGUCAUGCGUAUAAUAUUGUUCAGCCUGAUCAAUCCCAGACAAUUACGUGGGACGAGACGUUUGAGAUCCUCAGCCAAUUUUCCUCUCCACCACUGCAACGUGUCACACCGUCUAAGUGGAUCAGCGUGUUUGCAGAGCAUAGUGAUUCCCGCGAGAAGGGGCGUGUAUCGGUCAUGAAACAGAAGCUUGACGAAAACAUGAUCUUUUGGGCACUCGAUGGAGGCACGAUGGCGCUCUAUGAGACUGGAAAUCUACGUCGGGCUCUCUCUGAUUUUCCCGAGGUGCUCAACGUACGACCUACGUCUGAAUUAUUGAAGACAUACUUCCCAGUUUGGGAACGGCAGAUAUAG